AUGUUCAUUUGUUUAGGUCAAUGCACCACCACGGCUGACUCCGAAUUUAAAAAAAAUUUUAACGAUGUUCUUUUGCUGACAAUGGACGACACGGAGUUUAAUGAAGCGCAAAAAAUAUUAGACAAUGUCGAAAUACCAAGCAAGAAAGACGAAAGUGACAAAAACCGUUGGUUUGGAGAAAUCGGUAGCAAUAAAGUGACGCUCUUGAAAGCGCCACACUUCGGCAAGACCGGCGCUUCGUCAGGUCAUGACGUUCUGGUUUAUGAAACAAUCCAAGAACUUAAACCGAAAGCUAUUGUUAGUCUGGGAGUUUGCGAUGGUGUAAGGAAAGAAGCACAUUUCCUUGGUGAUGUCGUGGUAUCAUCACAAGUUUACUUUCCUGAGCGACAGGAGGAAGGUUUGUCAAAUUUUGAUCGCACAACGUAUGACUGCAAUUUGGGAUUGGUGCAUUUGUUCGACCGUGGGAAAUUUGCAUGGGUUGGUCCUUGUGAAAAUGUGGUAAUACCGAAAGUCCAUGUUGGUCAGUUUACGACAGGUUUACAAGAUGGUGACGACAAAAAGAGGGAUUCGCACAAAGCGGGAACCAUUGGAAUAGACACGGCGUCGAAAAGUAGGUAUACCAAUGGAAGCGAUCGGAAUAACUAUAAUAGUUUUUUUUUGUGGAAACACCACGUAAAUUUAUUACUGCAUAUAAACUAUUAUAAACUAUUAUAUGUUUAAAGUAUUAUAUGUUUUAUCGCCAUGCAAACAUACAAAGAACUUAUAAACAAAAAAUUUUUGGUAAGUUUAAUCUUGUGAGUUUGAAGCGUCGUCCCGGUUGAAUUUUUUAAAUUUUCCAACGCCGAGGAAAAAAUGGUUGUGCAUAAAGAAUAAUUAGAUAGACAUGCAUGCUCUAUUUCUAAUGAAAAGAUGCAACCAACUUUAUAACUAAUAUCAUUUUAGCAAUUUAUUCGUUUCUGAUUGGUUAUAAACUGUACUGAUAUAUUAAAGAUUUAUCAGAACAUAUACGAGCCCGCGUGCAUUCCGCAAGGUCACGCGAGUGCAGAAAUUUUAAACACAAAAUCUAAAUAAACAACGUGAAAAUUUAUAUUAUUGUCUGAGCUUUUAUUUACGUUGAAAUACAGAAGAUAAAGAAGAAAUAAAAUUAUUUACAGUUUUUAUAGGUUUGAACUAAAAAUUAAUGUCAGAAAUUAUUCUCAAAAUUGAAAUUACUCUCGUGCUACGCACUCGCGGUGUUACAAAUGUUUCGCCACACACCCGUUAUUUACACUAUUGGAACCUGUGAGCUUGGGAUGCCAGUGCCCAAAUAGGGAUCAAAUCUGCAAGUUUCUGAUGACCAAUUAGAGGCUCUAACCAGAGGCUCGUGGAGAGGUAAAGCUCGUCAGAAAGUUAACAGAAACAUGUCACCGUUCGGACUAAAGCUCAAGUGUAUGACAUUAAAGUUUUCCGAUGUUCCCCAAAAAGUCAACGAAAACGUCAAUUUUAUCGUUUUUAGGGGUAUAUGUAACAUGCCAGAACUCUGGAGUUCCCUGGCUGUCCUGUAAAUCUAUUGCAAAGUGGGCAAAUGAUGAAUAUCAAAAUUCGACUUGGUGCCAAUUUGGUGCAGCAGUUUCAGCUUCUUACGUUCAACAUGUGCUGAAAAGAUUUUAUAUUCCAGACGAAGUUCAAGGUGUGUACACGGUUAUCAAAUAUAUAGAGAAUAAUACGCUUUAAUACACACCUGCCUUUUACCAGGAUUCCUGGUUCAUUUAACCAGGCUAUAUAGUUGAAUUAACCAGACCUUGUUAGAGAGAAUAUUUACCAAAAAAUUUAUAAUUUACGUACCAUGAUCCCGUUAAUAGAACUAUAUAGCCUGGUUAAAUUAACCAGGGACCCUGGUUAAAUUAGCCAAGGCAAAUUAACCUUGUCUGUGGGUAAACUAACCAGAAAAUGAAACCAGGAAGAUUAAGUUUCCCCAAACAAUGUUAAUUUUAGAUUAACCACGAAUUUUUAACCAGGAUGUUUUUUAGAAUGUACAUGGAUAUGUGGAAUUAUGAAAUUAAUUUCGAGUGUUGACCAGAAUAUCUUUGUCAACAAGAGAGAUAAAUUUUGUAUUUCCGAUGAACACGAGUGAAAAUUGGGAGAACGAGAAAUUUCACACAAUUUUGAGUUUUCCCAAUUUCCACGUGUGUUGAUAUAACUGUAUAUGAAUAAGGGGGAAAUGUUUUAUGUACUGUUUUAUAAACGAGCAGGAGUGUUUUAUUAGGUUUAAAGCCACGAGCGCGCAGCGCGAGUGGCUUUAGAGCUAAUAAACACGACCUGCGAGUUUAUUAAACGGCUUCAAACACGACUACAAAUUCAAUAGAUAUACUGACUUAUUAGUAUUCUUUAUAUAAAAAAUACUAAUGAGGACACGACUACAAUAGAUACUGCCUUAUCAGUAUUCUUUAUAUAAAGAAUACUAAUUAGGAGUGUUUUAUCAGGUUUAAAGCCACUGCACGUGACAUAUUAUGGUUGACAUGAUUUGCCAAUAAGUUUAUGAAUUAUUAAUGAUGUUUGAAGUACUAUUUAAAAAACGAGCAGGAGUGUUUUAUUAGGUUUAAAGCCACGAGCGCGCAGCGCGAGUGGCUUUAGACCUAAUAAAACACGACCCGCGAGUUUUUUAAAUGACUUCAAAAACGAAUGCAUAAUAAGUCAAAUCUUUAUAUAAAAAUCUUUAUAUAAAAAUCUUUAUAUAAAAAUCUUUAUAUAAAAAUCUUUAUAUAGUUUGCAUACCAAUGGUCUUUUGUUAAAGUGUUCUUUAGCUGGUAUAAAGACGUAUGCACGUGACUAAUUUCUUGCUCAAGAUUGGAUAAUUGCUUCAUGAAUUGUUAAUGAGUUUUUGAAAUUUGUUUUAUAACAUAGCGCAAAGAAACAUAAAGACAGAAAUUUUCCAACGUUUCCGUGUUGACAUUGAGUUAUAUCAACACGGCUCUUAGCGAAUCAGCGUUCAGAAUUUGCAAACGCUAUAUUAUAAUCUUAAAUGUAAAAUAAAUGUCCUACUAUACCUUUUUAUAAUAUACAUAAAAAUUUUCCUCGAUUGUGAUUGGUUGAUUUCAGUGCAGUUAAAAUCUCAAACAGCAGUGCAAAAUUCUGUAACAAACUGAUCUGAUUGGUUCAACCAACCAGCUUAAAGCAGUCCUCAAGUAACAGUCACAGAUUGCUUCAAACAAAACAAACAUGGUGGCCACGCUAUAUGAAGUAAAAGUUGAGUUCGGGUGAAAACUAUGGCUUUUACCUUUUUUAAAAUGAAAGACUGACACAGUUGAGUGAAAUUUCCAAGCCGUUACCAAUGUAUAAUGUGAUAAUAAGAAAUCAAGAAAACUUUGUCACUGCACGAUUUUCUAUAAACGUUAGUUAAAACUUCCAUUUUUUCAAAAAAAUUUAUGUAUAUUUAUUAAGACGCAAUAGUAUGGUUUCUCGUGAAAUUUGGAUAAAACCGCAAGCACUAAUGAGUUUUUAGACCUCAAAUAUCACUCGUCCUUCGUAGUUCGCACUCGUGGUUUUUUGAUGGGAUGCCCUUUGAAAAACUCACUCGAUCAUGCAUGUUUUAUCCGGAAUCCGAAUUGCGUUCAUAGAAACCAUCGUAUUACCUAUACAAAAAAUGCAGUAAUUUAACUAUAAAGGCCGAGGCACAGCAGACGUCGUGAUUUGACAACGCGGAGCGAUUUUUCCAUUUUCGCUGACCAAAAACUUUGAUCCAGGUUUACGUUUUUCAAUUAUUUAGAAGCGCUAUAAAAUUUUCAAUUAUUUGCUUUACAUAUCUUUUAAAAUUUCCUUUCAAAAUAACUUUCAAAAACUGAAAAAUCGCGCCGCGUUGCCACAUCGCAUCCGGUGUGCCUCGGCGUACGUUAAUGUUGAUUCAGUGGUAAUCAUCACAUGUGACGUGCAACUGUCAUAAGCAUAAUCGCACGCGCGAGAUUAUAACUUUUAUUAGUUGCGGAAAAUCAAUAAAACACUAUAUUUUAUAUAUACUUGUAAUAAAAUAUUACACCUCAACGUAAAAUUGUCUAAUCAAGAAACAGUGUUCGGGUCACAUGACGUUGUAAUUUUUUACCCAAUUCUAUGAUUUGCCGCCCUGCGAUUCCGAUGCAACGCUCUAAUCAACUCAGUGAGUUACAGAGUUCAGUUGUCGAGCUCUAACCACAAGUUCUUGUACACGUACAGUAUAUAUAAAUGGGUACCACGACUUUUUUUAUAACUUUCAAAAACAAGCCGGUGCUUUGUUGUCUUAGGCUCUUCCGCCCGCCCUUAAUCUAGCAGAUAAAGUCUACAGUUUAACCAUUUUUCUAUAUUUGACCGCAGUGUUUGACAAGUCUGUGCCUAAGACUUGCCUUCCUCCCAUGGUGCCCCAUUUCGUUGGUCGACAACAAAAAGUGGAAGAUAUCUCGCGCACGUUGAUGUCCACAUCUACACGGCUAGUAUCUGUAUCUGGACCUCCUGGCUUUGGCAAAACCUCGUUGGCUAUUGCAGCAGGACACCAACUUAGACAGCUCGGACUACCAGUUUAUUUCCUUUCCUUGAGAAGCGCCAAGACAGCGGAAGAACUAAUCUCUGAUCUCUUAAACACAUUUGCACAUACAUCGUCUGAUGUAACAGGGCGAGAGCGUUCAAAACUGUGCGGACUUCUCAGUGCAAUUCCUUCCAGUAUUUGCAUCAUCCUCGAUAACGCCGAUGUCCUUUUUGAGAGUGGUGGUGAAACGAGCCAAGAAGUUUUGGACCUUUUGGAAAAGAUCUUUUCACAUUGCAAGAAUGUGUCCUUUCUACUGACUACAAGAACGAGUCUUCAAACGGUACUAGGAAGAAAAUUUGCUGGUCAUACGUUUGUCGAUGUUGCAUCGCUAGACAGGAAAUCGUCACAAAAGCUUGUUAAAGAACUUGUUCCUGCUGCUGAUGAAAGUGAAUGCUGCAGAGUGGCUGAGAUUUGUGGAGACGUUCCGCUCGCUAUCAAGCUUUUGUGCGGUCAAAUCGUUGAGGAGAAGAGUGCGUCUCAAUUCCUUGACCACUUUAGCCGCUCUUCAAAAACAAUAGUAGCGUUGUUAGACGAUCCAGACGCGCCUAGUGAUCAACGUUUAAAUCUCUUGUUUGAGUCUUAUUUUAAAAGACUAUCUCGCGAAGAGCAAGAAGCAUUUGUUUGUCUUUCAGUUUUUGUCAGUGAAGUGUUCGACGAGCAAGCUGCAGUAAACGUCAUUGGAGGAGAUGAAAACACAGCAAAGAAAACUUUGUUGAGACUCAAGAGAAAAUAUUUGGUUGAUGGAAAUUCCUCCGGAGCAGUGCUUUCUUUUCACCCUCUGAUCAGGUCAUUUGGUUUAGAAAAAGCAGCUGACAUGAAAGAAAUUGCUCGCGAUGCGGAAAAGCGAUUCCUGAAUUAUUACAUCAAGUUGUUUGAAGAUCUAAAUAACCAGUUUCUUGCUGGAAAUUCUCUGCUCGUAUUUCGCGAUUUCGAAUUUAACAAACAAAAUAUGGUACAUUGUCUCUCCGAAGAUCUUUAA